AUGUACUAUCACGAGGAACUGGCUUUCACAAUAACAAUAAAUAAAGGGAAGUGCGCCGGGAAAGCAACCGGAGAUGCUGGUUCAAUUCCUGCUUGUGAAUCAAAGAAAACAAAAAGGGGAGGCUCACCGACCGGAAGUGAGGAGCCAGAAAGCAUCGAUUUCCAGGUCUAUCUAUUAGACGUUAUUUUACCGAUGCGAGUGCCGAGUUGUUUCGAGUAUCCGAAUCCUUCUAUUACAUGCCAAUCCCAGAGACUCGAGGGGCCUAAGGCUAUUCCUUACCUAAAAGAGAAGCAAUUCCUAAAGAAAAGAAAAGAGAAGAUAGAUAUAGCCCGGGAGGGCAGAAGCAAAUGCACUUUUGUAACAGAAGUCUCAAGAGAAGAAAUUACACUUAAUGGGCUUCCGGUACUCCUCUCUCCACUCCAAAAGGGACGAAGUGACUCUCUAAUUGGAGAAGAUUUGAUAAAGCGACCAAUGGCUAGCCGGAUAAGAUCUUUUAUUUGA